AGUUGGUAUUUGGAGAUAAGAGAGAGAGAGAGAGAGAGAGAGAGAGUGUGUCAGCAGAAAACACAACAAUGGCUUCUUUGAUCAACAAUCCCUUGAGGCCUCUCUACAAGUCCAAGUUCAUUUCCAAUUCCAAUUCCAAUUCCGAGCUGUGCCCAGAAACUCGGUUUUCGAAUCGGUGUGGUGUUGGGUUCAGUUCUCUGAGUCUCGACAAUUCCGGGAGAGUUUGUUUUCCCAUUGUCUGCAAAGCUGUGUCUGUGACGCCCCAAACUCAGAUUGAAGGCCUUAAUAUUGCCGAAGAUGUUACUCAGCUUAUUGGGAAAACUCCGAUGGUGUAUUUGAAUAACAUUGUAAAGGGGUCUGUUGCAAACAUAGCUGCUAAACUUGAGAUCAUGGAGCCAUGUUGCAGUGUCAAGGACAGGAUAGGAUACAGUAUGAUAACUGAUGCUGAGCAAAGAGGUCUCAUAACACCAGGAAAGAGCAUUCUAGUGGAGUCUACAAGUGGAAACACAGGCAUUGGCCUUGCAUUUAUAGCUGCUUCAAAAGGAUAUAGGCUCAUCGUGACAAUGCCAGCUUCAAUGAGCCUGGAAAGAAGGGUUAUUUUGAAAGCAUUUGGAGCUGAGCUUGUUUUGACUGACUCUGCUAAGGGCAUGAAGGGAGCAGUUCAGAAAGCUGAAGAAAUUUCGUAUAGGACACCAAAUGCCUACAUGCUUCAACAAUCUGACAAUCCUGCAAAUCCAAAGAUUCACUAUGAGACAACUGGUCCAGAGAUCUGGGAAGAUACAAGAGGCAAGGUGGACAUUUUUAUUGCAGGGAUUGGAAGUGGUGGAACUAUUUCUGGGGUCGGUCGGUUCCUUAAAGAGAGGAAGCCAAGCAUAAAGGUUAUUGGCGUGGAACCUUUAGAAAGCAACAUUCUUUCUGGUGGGAAGCCUGGUCCUCACAACAUUCAAGGAAUUGGAGCAGGUUUCAUUCCCAGAAAUUUGAAUCAAGAUGUGGUUGAUGAAGUCAUAGCGAUGCCUAGUGAUGAAGCUAUUGAGACUGCAAAACAGUUGGCACUCCAAGAGGGCUUGUUGGUCGGAAUUUCUUCUGGAGCAGCAACUGCUGCUGCACUAAAGGUUGGAAAGAGACCUGAGAAUGCAGGAAAGCUUAUUGCGGUAGUUUUUCCAAGCUUUGGUGAACGAUAUCUGUCAACUGUUCUUUUCCAGUCAAUACGAGAAGAAUGCGAGAAAAUGCAACCUGAGCCUUGAAUGAGAAAGUUUAAUGCAUGAGAAAAUGAAUGUUAAUUGGAUAUCAGAUCAAACUGGACCUUUUCCUUUUCAAGUGAGCAUUGGUAUUUGAAAUUUUCGAAAAAAUUACAAAUUUUUUUUAAGGUUUGAGCCUAAUAACAAAAUAAAUAUUGAUUUUUUAAUUUUUGUCAA